GGUCAGUGUCCUGCGGCACCGGCGGGAUGUCUGCAAACGUCUGAGUGCAGCGAGCCCUCCCAGCCGCCAGGGGUCGCGCUGCAGGAGGCUGGACACUGGGAACGCGCUUGCCCAGGGUCACGGCCGCCGGCCGAGGAAGGGAGGUGGGGGGGCGCUAGCAGCGGUGCCCACGGUCAGGGAGGGCGCCUGGGGAAGUAGAAAAAGCCGGGCACGCGGAGGAGCGCUGAGGCUCCGGCGCCGCAGGAGCUGGGUGGGCCGAGCUGCCGAAGCGAGCGGCGCGGCGGCACGGUCCCGGCGUAGCACGGCGGGGACGCUGGGACCGCUGAGAUCUCCCUCCACGGCGCCCCGCGCCCUGCUGCCUUCGGCCGCCUCUUCCUUCCCUCGCCGCCCGAGCGGGAGCGCCAUGUCCGGGGCUGGGUCGCCUGCCGCCCGCCGGCCCGCCAGCCCGCCCUCCCGACCACCCGCCAGCGGGCCGGCCGGCCGGGGAGUCGCGGGGCCGGCAGAUGCAGUGAGUGAGGGGGGGGCCAUGGCGGAGGAGCGGCCCCCCCGGCUGGUAGAUUAUUUCGUGGUAGCUGGACUUGCAGGGAAUGGCGCACCCAUCCCAGAAGAAACAUGGGUUCCAGAACCCAGUGGACCCCUGCGUCCUCCCCGGCCUGCUGAGCCCAUCACAGAUGUGGCAGUCAUCGCUAGGGCACUAGGCGAGGAGGUGCCUCAGGGCUACACGUGUAUCCAAGCUUCUACUGGGGGCUACCCCUUGGAACUCAGCGCCGGACUCCUGGGUGGAACUCAGCCUGUCAUCUGCUACCGCAGGGGCCGUGACAAGCCCCCCCUUGUUGAGCUGGGGGUACUGUAUGAGGGGAAGGAGCGUCCCAAGCCUGGCUUCCAAGUGCUUGACACAACGCCCUACAGCCACUCGGCCAACUUGGCUCCUCCAGGCCCUGGACACCCCCGUACCUACCUCACUUAUCGGCGGGCAGCAGAGGGGGCAGGGCUGCAUGCCCUGGGCAUCACUGACCUCUGCCUGGUACUGCCCAGCAAGGGUGAGGGCACUCCUCAUACUUACUGCCGGCUGCCCCGCAACCUCAACCCUGGCAUGUGGGGCCCAGCAGUGUACCUAUGCUACAAGGUGGGCCUGGCCAAGGCCAACACACUGGUGUAUGAGGCAGAGUUGCUGGGCCGCUACCCGGAGAAGGACAAUGAGGCAUUUCCACUGCCUGAGUCAGUGCCCGUCUUCUGCCUGCCCAUGGGGGCCACUAUCGAAUGCUGGCCUGCCCAGACCAAGUACCCUGUGCCCGUCUUCUCCACCUUUGUGCUCACGGGUGCAGCUGGUGAUAAGGUGUAUGGUGCUGCCCUGCAAUUCUAUGAGGCAUUCCCGAGGGCCAGGCUGUCAGAGCGGCAAGCGCGAGUGUUGGGCCUGCUGAGCGCUGUGGAGCGGGGCCGGGCACUGGGGGGCCGUGCCGUGCGUAGCCGGCGUGCCAUUGCUGUGCUGUCCCGCUGGCCUGCCUUCCCCGCCUUCCGCGCCUUCCUCACCUUCCUUUACCGCUACUCUGUCUCAGGCCCCCACCGCCUGCCCUUGGAAGCGCACAUCUCCCACUUCAUUCACAACGUCCCCUUUCCUUCCCCGCAGAGGCCCCGCAUCCUCGUGCAGAUGUCUCCCUAUGACAACCUUCUCCUCUGUCAACCUGUGUCCUCACCUCUGCCCCUCAGUGGUGCCAGCUUCCUGCAGUUGUUGCAGAGCCUGGGCCCGGAGCUGGCUGUCACACUGCUGCUAGCUGUGCUCACAGAGCACAAGUUGCUGAUCCACUCCCUGCGGCCAGAUCUGCUCACCAGUGUCUGCGAGGCCCUGGUCUCUAUGAUCUUCCCAUUGCACUGGCAGUGCCCCUACAUCCCCGUGUGCCCAUUGGUGCUGGCAGAUGUGCUGAGCGCCCCUGUGCCCUUCAUUGUGGGUAUCCACUCCAGUUACUUCGAUCUGCAUGACCCACCUGCUGAUGUCAUUUGUGUCGAUCUUGACACCAACACACUCUUCCAAACUGAGGAAAAGAAGCUUCUCUCCCCUCGGAACCUGCCCCGCAGACCCUACAAGGUUCUGCUGGCCACACUGACAAACCUAUACCAGCAGCUGGACCAGACAUAUACUGGACCUGAGGAAGAAGCAUCUCUGGAAUUCCUGCUGACAGACUAUGAGGCUGUGUGCGGCCGCCGGGCCCGCCUGGAGCGUGAGGUCCAGGGAGCUUUCCUUCGCUUCAUGGCUUGUCUGCUCAAGGGCUACCGGGUCUUCCUGCGCCCACUCACCCAGGCUCCUUCUGAGGGGGCUCGUGAUGUCGACAACCUUUUCUUCCUGCAGGGGUUCCUCAAAUCCCGGGAACGCUCUAGCCACAAGCUGUACUCUCAGCUGCUGCACACACAGAUGUUCUCCCAGUUCAUCGAGGAGUGCUCAUUCGGCUCUGCGCGACAUGCUGCCCUUGAAUUCUUUGACUCUUGUGUUGACAAGGUCCACCCAGAGCAGGAGAAGCUGGAGCUGAAUCCCUUAGUGGAGCUGGAGGAGCUGUCAGGAAGUGAACUCACAGUCUUUAUCACGCCUCCCGAGGAACCUGUAGUACCAGAAAGCAGUGAAUCCACUCCCCAGUACUGCUAUGAUGGGUUCCCGGAGCUUCGGGCUGAGCUAUUUGAGUCUCUUCAAGAGCAACCUGGUGCCCUGCCUGUGCCAGGCCCAUCCCGUAGUGCCCCCAGUAGUCCUGCUCCUCGCCGUACAAAGCAGGAAAUGAAGAUUGCACAGCGGAUGGCACAAAAGUCGGCUGCUGUGCCAGAGUUGUGGGCCCGAUGUCUGCUGGGGCACUGCUAUGGGCUGUGGUUCCUGUGUCUGCCGGCCUACGUGCGGUCGGCACCGUCCCGGGUGCAGGCACUGCACACAGCCUACCACGUGCUGCGACAGAUGGAGAGUGGCAAGGUGGUGCUCCCUGAUGAGGUGUGCUACCGGGUGCUGAUGCAGCUAUGCUCACACUAUGGGCAGCCUGUGCUGUCUGUGCGGGUCAUGCUGGAGAUGCGGCAGGCAGGCAUCGUGCCCAACACCAUCACUUACGGCUACUACAACAAGGCUGUACUGGAAAGCAAGUGGCCGUCUGGCACACCAGGUGGGCGCCUGCGCUGGGCCAAGCUCCGGAAUGUUGUGCUGGGGGCUGCUCAGUUCCGUCAGCCCUUGCGAGAACGGCGGCAACAGCAACAGCAGCAGAAGGCAUCAGCUCGACAGGAGGCAGGCAGCUCCCAGACAGACUCUUAUCUGGAACGUCCUUCUCCCAGCCGCCCCCUUCAUCGUCAGACAACUUGGGCUGGGCGAAGUCUCCGGGACCCAGCUUUACCCACUGGGCGCCUGGUGAAGAGUGGCAGCCUGGGGAGUGCCCGAGGGGCCCAGCCCACUGUAGAGGCCGGUGUGGCCCACAUGAUAGAGGCCUUGGGGGUCCUGGAACCCCGGGGAUCACCUUUGCCCUGGCACGAUGGAAGUCUUUCAGACCUAAGCCUGACAGGGGAGGAGCCAGCACCAGGAGGCAGCCCAGGGGGCUCAGGCUCAGCCUUGACUGCCCAGUCCACUGAGGCCCUGGAAGAGCUAAGUGGGCAGGGGCCCAAGUCUGGUGGGCAUCAGGAUGAGGCUGGUACCCCCCGACGAGGGCUGGGUGCCCGCCUCCAACAACUGCUCACCCCUUCCCGCCGUUCCCCUGCCUCUCGUGUUCCCCCACCUGAACUGCCCACUGACCUACCUCCCCCAGCCCGCCGCAGCCCCAUGGACAGCCUUCUGCACCCCAGGGAGCGUCCUGGAUCCACUGCCUCUGAGAGCUCAGCCUCUCUGGGCAGUGAGUGGGACCUCUCAGAAUCUUCUCUCAGCAGCCUGAGCCUUCGCCAUUCCUCAGAACGCCUCAGUGACACCCCUGGGUCCUUCCAGUCCCCUUCCCUGGAAAUUCUGCUGUCGAGUUGCUCCCUGUGCCGAGCCUGUGACUCACUGGUGUACGAUGAGGAGAUCAUGGCUGGCUGGGCACCUGAUGACUCCAACCUCAACACCACCUGCCCCUUCUGCGCCUGCCCCUUUGUACCCCUGCUCAGUGUCCAGACCCGUGACUCCCGGCCCAGUGCCUCCAGCCCCAAGCCUCCCCUGGCUGGUGACAGUGGCAACAAAGAUGCUCCUGUGCCUGGGGGUCCUGGCCCUGUACUCAGUGACCGCAGGCUCUGCCUUGCUCUAGAUGAGCCCCAGCUCUGCAACGGGCACUUAGGGGGUACUUCCCGGCGGGUUGAAAGUGGGGCAUGGGCAUACCUGAGCCCCCUGGUGCUGCGCAAGGAGCUGGAGUCACUGGUCGAGAAUGAGGGUAGUGAGGUGCUGGCUUUGCCUGAGCUGCCUGCUGCCCACCCCAUCAUCUUCUGGAACCUUCUGUGGUAUUUCCAACGGCUGCGCCUACCCAGUAUUCUACCAGGCUUGGUGCUGGCCUCCUGUGAUGGGCCCCCACUCCCUCAGGGUCCAUCUCCUUGGCUAACCCCUGAUCCAGCCUCUGUGCAGGUACGACUGCUCUGGGAUGUAUUGACCCCUGACCCCAAUAGCUGCCCACCUCUCUAUGUGCUCUGGAGGGUCCACAGCCAGAUUCCCCAGCGGGUUGCAUGGCCAGGCCCAGUACCUGCAUCCCUUACUUUGGCGUUGCUGGAGGCUGUGCUGCGCCAUGUGGGACUCAAUGAAGUACACAAAGCCGUGGGGCUCCUGCUGGAAACUCUAGGGCCCCCUCCCACUGGCCUGCACCUGCAGAGGGGCAUCUACCGAGAGAUCUUAUUCCUGACAAUGGCUGCUCUGGGCAAGGACCAUGUGGACAUAGUUGCCUUUGAUAAGAAAUAUAAGUCUGCAUUUAACAAGCUGGCCAGCAGCAUGGGCAAGGAGGAGCUGAGGCAGCGGCGGGCACAGAUGCCCACUCCCAAGGCUAUUGACUGCCGAAAAUGUUUUGGCGUACCUCCAGAAUGCUAGAGACCCAUCAACGUCCCUCUCCACCCUGGAGAGGGAGAAAGGAUCUGGAUAUAACCUGCUUCCCUGUUCCUUCAGAGUCGAAGCCCAGUGGCUGCAUGUGGGAGCAGUAGGAAGAGGGACCUACUAUGACCAAAAGUCGUGAUUCCCCCAUCUCCGUCCUGCCCAACUUAUUCAUACUGAUGUUAGGGUGGCUGGGGGAGCUGGUACAGCUGUUUCUACCUUUUCCUAUAUCAGGAAUUCCCCUUCAGGGCACCUACAGACCUUCACUGCCCUGGUCAUUUUAGAAGUUUUUGUUUUAAAAAACAACUGGGAAGAUAGAGAGCUGCUGAGCCUUUGCCCUGAGUGGAAACAGGAGACGUCAUCCCCACUGGUGAUGGCCCCUCUUCCCUGCAUUGCUAAAGGAGCCCAAGGCUCUCCAUGCCUUUCUACUUUAGUGUUUGUAUGCUAAGUUAUUUAUUCUAGAGCCACAGCCCCCCCUUGCUUAGGAGGUUCUUAUGGAGAGUAAGAAAGAGAAAGGAAAUGGGUCUCCAUGGCCCAGUGGUUUGUAGCUCCUUGAAAGUCAUGCAUUGGGAGCUAGAGGAGUCCCGAGCUUCCCUUAGGAAAAAUUGGUGUCCCCUCCUGUCCUGACCCUUGUCCACCCUACGUAAGGGAAUGCCUCACUCACCCAGGUCCCAACCUGUGCAAUAAGGAUUGUUCCCUGUUUUUGUUGGACGUAAAUAUAGUAAAAGCUACUUCUUUUUC